GUGCAGUCAUCACGAGCACCUCCAGCCUUUCCUUCCCUGGGAGUGAGCUGCGCUGUUUGGAGGCCACGGGCAGAUCCAGACGGCAGUCGGCAUGGCCUUCAAGGAACUCACCUCAAGAGCAGUGCUUCUGUAUGAUGAAUGGAUUAAAGAUGCUGAUCCUAGGGUUGAAGACUGGCCCCUCAUGUCCUCUCCUAUCCUACAAACCAUCAUCAUCGGCGCUUAUAUCUACUUUGUCACGUCACUGGGCCCAAAGAUCAUGGAGAACAGGAAGCCGUUUGCUCUGAAGGAGAUCAUGGCUUGUUACAACUUGUUCAUGGUUCUGUUCUCUGUGUACAUGUGCUAUGAGUUUCUCAUGUCUGGCUGGGCAACUGGAUAUUCCUUUAGAUGUGACAUUGUCGACUACUCUCGGUCACCUCAGGCGUUACGGAUGGCUUGGACCUGCUGGCUCUUCUACUUUUCAAAGUUCAUUGAAUUAUUAGACACUGUUUUCUUUGUAUUGCGUAAGAAGAACAGCCAGAUUACAUUCUUGCACGUCUAUCACCACUCCAUCAUGCCCUGGACGUGGUGGUUUGGAGUCAAGUUUGCUGCAGGUGGUUUGGGCACAUUCCAUGCAUUGGUGAACUGUGUGGUUCAUGUUAUCAUGUACAGCUACUAUGGCCUGUCAGCCUUGGGGCCUGCCUACCAGAAGUACCUAUGGUGGAAAAAGUACAUGACGUCUAUCCAACUGACCCAGUUCUUGAUGGUCACUUUUCACAUUGGCCAGUUCUUCUUCAUGGAAAACUGCCCGUACCAGUAUCCCGUCUUCUUGUAUGUCAUUUGGUCGUACGGGUUUGUCUUCUUAAUCUUGUUCCUUAACUUUUGGUUCCAUGCUUACAUCAAAGGACAGAGGCUGCCGAAAGUCAUCCAAAAUGGCGACUGCAAGAACAACAACCAAGAAAACGCUCAUUGCAAAAACAAAAACCAUAAAAAUGGUUUGCUGAAGAGCAAAAACAAUUGACCUCAAGAAUAAGCUAAGCAAUCUCUAGCCGUAUCAGACAAUGGUAUUACUUGAUAAUCAAGCGUACUCUGUUUAGAAGUCUACUGUACAUAUCUUUUUCCAAAUAAGUCAGAACCCUGUAUUUUUACACUAAGUUAUUGGGGUUUAUAUGCUGUAGAGAACAUGGACCUGUGGGGAGUUGUUCAACAAAUGUACAUAUAUUUAACAUUAGAGACCAAUGUUUGUUACCCAUAAAGCUCCCAAGCGUGCGUAUUUAUAAACAAAUGGGUGUGCAUGAAAAGUACCAUUACUUUGAGCACCAUGACAGUCAAUAUGUUAUUGAGACAAUGUAAUAAAAGGAGCAAAAUAUUUAAACCAUAGCAGUCAAUCAGAUCUUUGCUUUCUUUAUUACCAGCUGAUUAGUCGUUAUGAGUUACUAAUCCAAGACUCGCAUUUGUGCCUUUUAUCACAUUCCCCCAAAAUGUUUUGUUGGUGUCAUGAAUGAAGUUGAACAACAAUAAACUGGACUAAAGACACAAGAUAUUUUGUAAAAGCAUCUGCAACAUUUGCUGUAGAAAGGCUACACUCCUGCAGUUUUGUACCCGUUGAGCCAAAAUAAAAUGAAAACCUUUUGCCUA